UCGAACUUUGAAAUUGCGAGCAGGACUGGGCGAAAAAAGUGAGCGCCUUUGAGGCCACCAUCCAGCCAGGAAGCUUGCCUGCCUACAUGCAUGAAAGCCUAGCAUUACCAUCUGCCUAUAUGCUAGCCUAUGAUUGCUGCAACGGCUUAGCCUACAAGCAUAGCGAAAUAACAGGCCAAAGAAAACGCUAACGACGUAUACCACCCUGCCGGCGUCUAUCGGCGUCAGUCGAUCCACAUACGGCCAGGCCAUCUUGCUUAUACCGUCAUCGGCGCGAGAUCAAGAAUGAAGAGCCGUUGGAUCAGCAGGGAUUGUCUCCUAGUUUCGUGAGCUUGACGGGACCAUCGAAGGUACGACUCAGUUAGUACUGACGUUACCGCGAAGCACCGUGAAACGCCUAAACACCAGCAGCAGCAGAAUAAUCGUGUAUGUCUGCAUGUGUGUGUGUGUGUGUGUGGAUCGUAGAAUCAAAAAGUUGACCCCUCCACGAUUAUCACGGUUAGAUUAGUCAUAACACCGUAGCGCUGUUCGGUGUGCAAGAUCUGCCGGCAGGUUUUCGGUCUACCAGUAGCGGCGUAACCUAAAAGUGCGACUCAACAGUGGGUUUUAAUUGGUUACGUUCAAUGGUCUCAUUAUUAUAUAUACUUCGAUAGUUAUCGAUCAGCUGUUUCGAUCUUUCUCGGCGAUUGACUGAGUCACGAAGGCUGUUUAGUGAUCGCAGUGCAGUGCAAUGUGAUAGCACUGUCGUAAUCUUGUAGAAGACGAACGAAAACAAGUAAGGGUGACUACCUUAGAAAUUCCCUAAAGGAGCGUAGUACGAUCUCAGUUUAACUUUGUGUCUUCUUCGUCAGUUUGUUAUUGCACGUCGUUCGGUUGUUGAGCUGGUUUACUUGUUGCACCCAUGCAGCGAGCUAUUUCGUGAUGUCACCAGUUGGGGCGUCCGGUGAAAAUCUUCGUGGAGAAAGAAGCAAACCUUUACGUUUGUGCGAAAUCUGUGCGUAAAUUGUUUUGCCCACUACAAAACCAAGCGAAUACCGCAAAUAGGGAAAACACAAAAGAAAAACGUAGAAGCGAACAGAAGUUUGUGAAGGGGAUUCGAAAUAUGAAUUGACGUGGUUUUCCACCGUAUAGAAUACGCGCGGAGUGCGUUGUACCUGUGCAAGACCAGCAAAGAAUAACGCCAUUAACAGCGAUCUGAUAUAUCGUUAUAUAUAUCAUCGGCUGCACAAACUGAGCCGUUAUUAGUGAUCUGUAGUCGCGCUAGUCCUCUACUCACUUUUGGAAUUCGUUGGUGCUCUCGAUCAGAGUCUCAGGCAUAGGAGACCUGUUACAGUAACUAAAUCGACGCAGACGACGACGACGACGACGACGACAACGACGACGACGACGACGACGACGACGACGACAACGACGACAACGAAGAUAACAAGCAAAGACAAGAGCACAACCGUCAACGUCACCAUAACAACAACAGCAGUUAAUUACAACCCCGUCAAUCUUCUUCAGCACGUAGGCUUUGACCAGCCGCCACGGUGAAGUGUGAACCGUCAACGCCCGAGUCGUGGGCUCCGGGCCCCGAUCGCCCGCCGGCACAGGACGCCCAGACUCAGGCGCAGGCGGUACAGGCCCACGCUCAGGCCCAGGAGCAGUGGAGAAUGCUCACCCAACAGCACAAAGGUUACCAAGACCUGCCCGGUGGUAUGGCCGCGGUCCAGCUCCAACAACAGAGCGCCUACAUGGGCGGAUAUAUGGGGCAAAGCUAUAACGCAUCACCGCCACCGCCCUCGGUGCCUGGUAUGAGAGGGGGCAGUACGGGCGACAUGCGCGGUGGAAGCGCCACCGGUGACAUGGGCGCUCUGGGCUGCGUUGGUUCGGGCGGCUACGCGUCGUCAGAAUCACCGGAGCUUCACCCAGAUCGUACCGUUAUUCCGCCCCAGGGGCCGACUACCGCCGCACAGGCCGAAAAGUACCGGAGGAGCUACACGCACGCCAAGCCGCCCUACUCGUACAUCUCGCUCAUCACGAUGGCGAUUCAGAAUAGUACGAGCAAGAUGCUAACCCUGUCGGAGAUCUAUCAGUUCAUCAUGGAUCUGUUUCCAUACUACAGGCAGAACCAGCAGAGAUGGCAGAACUCCAUCAGGCAUAGCCUUAGCUUCAAUGACUGCUUUGUUAAAGUUCCCCGGACACCGGACAAGCCAGGAAAAGGAUCUUUCUGGACAUUGCACCCGGACUCAGGCAAUAUGUUCGAGAACGGAUGCUACCUGCGCCGUCAGAAGCGGUUCAAGUGCGAAAAACGCGAAAACCCCCUGACGCGGUCGAGCGGCGCGCACCAAACGAAGUCAUCUUCUCACAGCCACUCAACGAGUCACCCGAGCCAUAAACAGCAGCAGCAGCAGCAAGGCAAGCAGGCCGGUGUCCUUCAGAACACCUCGCAGAACACCGCCGCUGGAGACACCGGCCACGGCUGUGCGGGUCUUGACGGACAUCAUCCGCACGUGAACAACUCGUUCGACUCAACCCUGCAACAACAGCAACAGCACAAUCUUUGGAAUCAGAACCACGCCGGUCAUCAGAGUGGUCUUGGACAGCAACAGCUGCAGCAGCUUCAACAGCAGCAGCAGAUGUUCGGGGUGGGCGGUAUGGAAGGCAUGCACCCUCAGCUGGCCUCGCUAGGCCUGUCGCACGAGUCCCUGCUCAAGAUCGACCCGCACUUCAAUCCGACGAACCACCCGUUCAGCAUUUCGAAUAUUAUCAACAACGCUGAAAACAAGGCCGAGCUCAAGCUAUAUGAGAUGCAAUUCGCACAGGGAUACGGCGCCCCGGUGACGCCCCCGCAAUCUCAAGGCAAUCAACACAUGAGCUCCGAUUCGACAUUACACGGCUCCGCUCCGGCUGAGAGUAAUAGUUAUAACGGCUUUCAUCCGUCGCUCUACCAGAUGUAUCAGACGCCAACUAGCUUAUAAUCAGCCAACGGUCCUUUAAGCACCGAAUCCACACAUACACAGACGCGUCCAACACGUGCAUGUUUUCCCCUUCCAUUCCCCACCUUUUUAGGACCGUAUAGGCAAAUCAAUCUUUCUAUAGAAAUUUCUUCGAGGCUGUCCAAUCCGUUUCACGAGAUAAUAUGAGAUUUUUUUCAUAUGAGAUCAUGUCAGGAUGAACUUCCACCAAGCAUUCGAGCGUUCUUAUUUUCAAAUUUUACAUCAGUAAACUCUAAGUAAGUAAAAAUAGCAGCUUGGCCUAGUUUACCGUACUCAGCCUUGCCCAACCCCGAGCCACACAAUGACGAACACUGAAGAACUAAUUUUGUACAUUACUGAGACGAGAAAAACAAAAGAAUUAUACCGAAUUUUGAUGCACAAAUACGAUAAACAGGCGGCAUGAUAAACGGGAACGGAAACCAUCAUCCUUGUCGGUUUUUAGCUGUAAAAAGAGUCAUGAGAAAGGCAGAGAAAGCCUGUGUUUUGGUCGGUCGAUCAAACGAACGACUUGAUAUAGCAAAUAAUAAUAAUAAUAACAGCAGUUUGUUCACACAGCAGUAUUAACAGUGCUAGAAAGCCAUUGACGAUGCAUUUUAGCAAUCUGUUACACGUUUGUUAAGGCGGCGAAUGACGGGCACAGAUAUGACACCGUUGACCCUUCUGAAGUGUUGGAAAAUGUGGUGGAAAAAAAAAAACGCCUCGAUGAUGUGAAAGCCAAGGGCAUUAAGUGAGGUAGAAGCGAGUGAAAAAUGUGUAUCAAUCUGUAUAUUUUCUACUUUCCCAAAUAUUUACUUAGGCAUGUGAAUGGUGGCCAAUCUGUAUCCUAGUCGAAAAACAAAGUCACUCUAUAAUUAGACAUUAUGGCAGUCCAACUUUCAACUUAAGCCUUUAGUCUUAGAACUCUAUUCAGAUCUCGGGAUCUCUCUGUCGUUCGAGGGUUGGAGACUGAAAUAGAUAUUCUACUUUGCGAUUUUCGUACAAAGUAAGCUACCUAAUUUAAUUAAUCUCAUUACACAUUGUCGAGAUAUCAGACAUGACAGCAGAGCUUAGAAUCCAGAUUUUUGUCCUACGCCCCUAGAAUCCACAAUGAUUUCACUCCAAAGUACCAAAAAAUCUACCAUAAUCACCAAGCAAUGGGUGCGUCAAUCUGAGAAGUUUAAAAUACAAAGAAAUGAGAACAUUUGAUGACAAAAACACACCGCAGCAGUAUUAUUGCUUCGUAGCUUAGAAUAUUAUCUCAUUCAGUGUCUAAUGGUAUAUACGUCUAGUUUACGUCUAGUUAGUUUGCGUCUCGCCAAUAUCGGGAUGGCUAACCUCAGUCAGUCAGUCAGUCAGGUGGUCAAGGGGCAUUCACGCCUUCAGAUACAAUCUAAAAGGGGGAUGCCGAAAGAUCCCCCCAAAAAACAAAAGCAGCUGACAGUCAAUCGACCAUCCAAUGAAUCAUAAGAACUAGGACAAUUCGCACUCUUUUAGCAAGGUAACAGCGCCUGUAGAUGUCUCAGAACGCAUACGAUAAUUUUCCCCAGUAUGAAUUAAAUUCAUUCUCGCUUCCGCCAAGGCGCGGUUUUUAGAUCCAAUCAGAAAAAAAGGCACCGUAUUUUUCGGCCCGUUUAAAGAGAGCUAACCUGCCGGCGCUACGUUGUGUUACCGAUGAACCCGGUGAGGCGAUCGAAACAAUGAGGGCCACGUGUCUUCCACACAAGGGAGACAGGUCAAGGAAAAAAUUAACAACUUACCCUUUUCCCCUCGAGAGCAACAGAAAUAUAUGUACAUGUCACAGUAUCGAAAGGAGUGUGUGGGCAACUAGGAUAGCUCUAAUCUAAAUUUAACCCAAUUGAAGGAUGCAAAUAGAGAAAUUAUGCCGAGAGACAGACAAACAGAUAGCCAGCGCUCGCGCUGGGAGUUACCGCCGAUGUUGCAGCGCAGUGUUAACCAGCAUGGUACAUGCUAAAAGGAAAGCCAAGGCUCUCCAUCCUGGCUGGCCACGUACCAAGGCUGCAGUUGUUAUUACUGAGGCCCAGACACCCACGGAUUCGAUGCCGAGGACCUUCGGAGUUACUGCUGCUCAAAGCAGCCCUCACGGCCGCAGCCGCUGCCACCACUCUCAAACGAAUUUGAGUUCGAAGCGAGGUCAACACAUUUCCGGUUUUGAUUCCAUUAGGUGCACCUACUCCACAGAACUAACCUAAAGAGCUGGCGAAAUUUUGCUACUUCGCCUAUCUCACCGGUUCCUAACUGUAAUGAAUUGUGUAUAUAGAUAUAUAGUUCUGCUAAGAGAAAUCUCAAGCUAUGUUGUAUUGUAAGAUGACUAGACGAGCGCGUAAGGGUGGACACUGAAUUGAUUAGAAAUCCACAAAUCGACAUAAACCUAGAAAGGACAGAAGAGAAGCUGGAAAGCGGACGAACGAGUGCCAGUAUAUAAAAACAAAGAGAGCGUAUGCGUAUGUAAAAUGACACAGAGAGCAUCGUUAAAGUUUAAUAAUAAUAAUGCUAAUAUUAAUGAAAAACGAAAUGAUACAGAGAGAACCGAAUUAGUCGAAGUGGAAGAGGCAGAACGGAAUGGAGAAUGGAAGAGAAGAGAGAGCAGGAAGGGAAAAGAUCUUCGACCCUCAAUUUGAGUCGACAGCGACUGCCUCUUGCAAUCUUGUUGUACAUACUUAAAUAACGAAGUAAAACAUGAUAAUAACAAUGAUGAUGAUGAUGAUGAUGCGAAGUAAAUGCGUAUACAGAUGGUGAUGAUAGUAGACAGACACGAUGAAAACGAAUCUAUAUACAUGCUAUAAUAAAUAGAUAUGAGUAUAAAGCGAGGAAAUAACACUGAUACAAUGACGGCGACGAUGAAACAAGUGAUAAGAUAGUAACUUUGCUCCGCCUGGUCAUUUUCGCAAAGGACAACAAAAGCGAGGAAUAUUACGGCGAAAGGACACCGACGGAGUACCGCGAAUCAAUUUCUAUUAACGGGGAACAUCUUUCUUUGUGUAGAGUGAUCCUCGGUGAUUUCAAAGCGGAGCCCAGACAAGGGCAUAAAAUACAAUAGGUCGAGCGAAAAUGCGGAAGCCGCUAAGGAUGAAAAACGGCAUAACCGAGGCCCGGAGGUAGAUGGAUCUUGAGCAUUAGUCGAGAUCGCUGUCAUCUUUCGCAUUUUCGGAGGCCGUGCAAUCAGCGAUUUUCGAAGGAUAAAACUAGAAAAACGCUAAGGCCAAAAGUGGGGGGCGGUAAUUUUCAAAAACAAAAAGUGAACGAAGGAAAUAACGAGCGAGAAGGAACGAUAAAUGAAUAAAUGCCCAACGACAUUAUUCACGAAGAGUAGUGAUU